UUCUCUCUAAUGUCAUAUCAUGCAUUUGCAACUAGCCAAACCCCUCGCCAGCUCAUUCACUUCGUAUUUCAUUCAAAGCCCCAUUACCAACCUCACACUCUUUCUCUCUUUCUCUCUUUCUCUCUCUCUUAUUUACAAAGAGCUCAUAUUUUUUUUAUCACCUUCCCCUAUAUCUCUCUCAGCCAGAUCUCUCGGAGGAAGGCUUUGGAGAUGCGUGCCUACUAGUACCAAUUUACUAGUCCUCUCUGCUUUUGUGGUUUUCAGUGGAGAAAACAUUACCCACCAGCCCCUCCUCAUCUGUUUUUGAUUUUGGUUUCUUGUUUGUUUGGGUUGAUUUGUGGUCGGAAACUGAUUUGGGUUUUGUGGGUUUGGAUCAAGUUGUGAUCUUGAGAGAGGCAAUGGGGGAGGUGGUGAUGUUUAGCGAGGAGGAGCUGAGGGAGAUGAGCGGAGUGAAGAGAGGGGUGGACCAUAUUGAGGUCACGUGCGGCUGUACCAGUCACAGAUAUGGAGAUGCUGUUGGGAGGCUUAGGGUUUUCAUGAAUGGUGAACUUGAAAUCACAUGUGAAUGCACCCCUGGCUGUCAGGAAGGCACAUUGAGUCCCUCACUAUUUGAGAAGCAUUCUGGAAGAGAGACAGCUAGGAAAUGGAAAAAUAAUGUUUGGGUCAUUGUUAAUGGGAAGAAGGUUCCAUUGUGUAAGACAGUGCUACUCAAGUACCACAACGAGGCAUCAAAGAAUGCUAAUGCGGCCCAAAGAUCCCAGAAUGGACGAGCUUCUCACCGUGAUGAGUUUGUUUGUUGUACUAGAUGCAACAAGGAGCGCAGGUUUCGUCUCCGAACAAAAGAGGAAUGCCAGGUUCACCAUGAUGCUGUGGCUGAUGUGAAUUGGAAAUGUGCUGAUCUGCCAUAUGACAAAAUAACUUGUGAUGAUGAGGAAGAAAGAGCAAGUCGUAGGGUUUAUAGAGGCUGCAGCCGUAAACCAACAUGCCAAGGCUGCACUUCUUGUGUAUGUUUUGGCUGUGAAAUUUGUCGUUUCUCAGAUUGCAGCUGCCAAACUUGCACCGACUUCACCAGAAAUGCUAAACCUUGAGUCAUAAUCUGGGUCGUCAUUUUCUCAUUUCAUCCAUAGGGAUUAUGUGUACCCUUGUCGCUUGGUUCUAAGCACCCCCUCCCCUAUCGAUUGCUCAUCCAAAAAAAAGAGGAAGAAAAA